UUUUUACAACAUGUUAUCAGUGUUAUCUUUCCAAAAAUGCAUUCAUGUUUAUUGAUUUCACAGGCACUUUAACGUGUUUUUAAGGAUUAUUUUCGUGUAAAACUUUGGAUCGGUUUCAUGCUAAAAUGUGAUUGUAGCUUAAAUUAGAGCUCUUGUUUUUUCCAAAAAAAAAUUUUGUUCCCCUCCAUCAGCUUGUCUUUCUGGUUCUGUUGGUUUUGCAGUGUCAUAAAUCCCUAGGUAUGACAUGUCAAGAAGCAAAAAUGAGGAUGUAGCUCACACCGUGUUCGGAAUAGUGUGAAUGCAACGUGUGAUUAGGGACGACCCCUUCUGCUCUAUGGAAACCCAGAUAUGAGGGACAUUCUCGUGCAGUGGGAGCCUCUUUGCGCUGAUACCAUGUCUAUUUGUUCUGCUCUACUUUGCAUGUAGGUCACCGGUAGCGGCUCUGAGAUGCAGGAGGACAUUUGUACUCUGCAGUCUGUGGUGUUUAUAUGAGAGACCCUUUGUUGAUUUUACGUGUCAUAUAAUCUCUCAUUUACUAUCAAACUUUUUCACAUUUGGGAUCCAGUGUUUUGCAAAAUCAGCUUCUCUUGAUAAUCUUUCUAAUCUACGGAUUGGGAGUGAGGUGCUGCCUCAAGUGGAGGAGGAAUGGGGUGAGAUCAGUCUGUAAGGUGAAGCUCUCUGAUAAUUAACCAGCUCUUACUUCAGAUAUCGCUGACUGAGCUAGGGCCUCGGCAAGCAAAGGUAAAAACCCUCUUAGGCUACUGAGGUCUCCAGCCUCUUCAAAUAUAAGAAACUUAAGGUACUGAAGAUAAGUCGUCUGGACAGUCAUCUGAAGCCUUGCAGUCCUCCAUCCAGUACAAAUGACCUUUUAGCUGAACUUACGUCUGUGGUUCAUGUCAACUGAUUUGGGAUGCAAGGCUCUGCUGAUGUGCUUGGCUCUUGGUGGUUUAACACUAUGGCACAUGUUAUAAAUAAAAAAUAAUUAUAACAUAAAGUUUAAACAUAUAAAGUAUUACUUUACAGAGACAUAAUAACAGUAUAAAGUGUGAGCCAAUAAAUACCAGUUCAUAAGGUUAAAGAAACGUGAUGCAAACCAGAAUAAUUACCUUUAUAGCUUACACUCAUGUAGGCCAAGCAUUAUAAAAUGAAUUAUACAAAUAAGCUAUAAUUAAACACAUCAUUCAUAUGAAUCUGACGAGUUACAGCGAGUCGUCUUCACUAACUGCCACAUUAGGACCUGCAGCAGAUCGUCUUUGACCCAGUGUUUCAGACAAUGUUAACACAAUAAGUGGGUUGUUUCAGUUAUUUAUGAGUUCAAAGCGAGUUGCUGCCAGUCCAACAAGUUCUCAUCAUUACCAAAGAGAUGCAGACAUGUCAAUGUAAUUCUACUGUUUUAAACAAACAGUAGCCAAUCAGAAGCUGAGCCUUCGGUUCUUUUGCAUGUAGCACGUAUUAAAACUAUUCACUAGACUUGGAUGUUUUAUCAUUUUAUUGUUGUCAUAAUCACGCUCAACAUAAAUUGGCCAGAUUAACAAAAAUAAAAAGCCCUGUUGAAGAAAGCUUAUUAAAUCUCUCACAGUCUAAACAAACACUAGAGAUUUAAUCUGAGACUUAAUCAACUGUGUUUUCCUCUUUGCUGCUCUGCCGUAAAGCUUAAACUUGAACCCGGAUCUCACAGGCUGAUGAGGAUGCAGCGUCUGUGGGAAACAUUUUAAAAAACCUACCUCUACCAUGACACCCUGUGGUUAGAUUUUGGUCUUCAGGCUGAACCGAUCAGUCUGGUUGAGUUUGAGGCUUUUGAAACACAGGGUUUGCAAAGUCAGGAAGUAAAUAUUUUUCCAGUCAAAAUAUAAAAGCAGUGAAAGCAACAACAAACCAUAUGGUUUGAGGUAAAUAUGAAGGAAAAUGUGUUUAAGUGUAAUGAUAUGUUUUUUUUCUCUCAGUUUUCUCCCACAGAACAAAAUGCCACUUCUGUGAGUGAAACCCUGUGAUGGACUAACCCCACCCCUCACACAGUGACUCCUGAGGAGGCCCACCUGCCACCCGAAAGGAAAAGAGACUAAAGAUGAUGGAUUAUUCCAGCAGACUUUGACAUUUCUGUUUGAAACUACGAGUGAUGACUUCACAAUUUGUCUUACAUCCUCUAGUCCAUGUUGCCUUCACAGCAUCUUUACAGAACCCAAGUUGAUUUUGUGCGUUCGCUUUAAAACAUUGACCGCCUCUUGUUGCGGCCCAGUUUUCCCCCAGUCAGUGAUGAGUGAUAAUCAAUGAGUUUCACUGGCUGCAAACAGAUUGUGUCAAAGCAAACUGAACUCACUCACAGGAGCACUAUUUAAAUGUUAAUUCUUUAGGGAGAGAAAAAUCAAAUCAACUCUUUCAAGCAUUCUCCGAAUCAUCAGUGAAACAGUUCUCACGUGUCUGCAUGUAGCACAACAGACAAAGAAAGAGAAAUUCUUUGAAAAGUCGGCCAUGGCUGCAGAUCUAGAUGUAGUGAACCUGUUUCUUAUUGCAGGAGGAACCCUGGUUCUUCCCAUCCUGGCCUUUUUGGCUUCCUUCCUUCUGUGGCCGUCUGUUCUUAUUAAAGUGUAUUACUGGUACUGGAGGAGGACUUUGGGUCUGCAGGUGUGCCACGCAGACUGUGGAGGUUAUCGCUUCUGUUACUCAUACAGAGGGAAGCCUGGGAUGAGACCCUCCAUCUUGAUGCUUCAUGGUUUCUCUGCUCACAAAGACACAUGGCUGACUGUUGUCAAGUAUUUACCCAAACAUCUGCACAUUGUGUGUGUGGACAUGCCUGGUCAUGAGGGGACAACCCGUACCAACACUGAGGAUUAUUCCAUUCAAGGCCAAGUCAGGAGGAUCCAUCAGUUUGUGACAACCAUUCACUUGAACAGGAAGCCGUUCCAUCUGGUGGGAACCUCCAUGGGUGGAAACGUCGCUGGGGUUUACGCAGCAUUUUAUCCCUCAGAAAUCUGCAGCAUGACUCUCAUUUGCCCUGACGGUAUAAAACAUCCAUGUGAAACCAAAUUUGACAACCACCUACAGGACCUGGAACACAGUAACUACACCCUGAACAUCCCGCUAAUCCCCACCACGCCUGAAGAGAUGGAGGACAUGUUUCGACUGUGCUCCCACGUCCGCUUCAAGAUUCCCCAACAGAUUUUACAAGGGCUGGUGGAUGUCAGACAACCUCACAACAUGUUCUAUGAAGAAGUGUUUAUGGAGAUUUUCAGCGAGAACUCAAGAUAUGCCUUACAACAGCACUUGCAUCUGAUAACUACACCUUUACAAGUAAUAUGGGGCAAACAAGACCAGGUGGUGGACGUCUCUGGAGCUAGUGUCAUUGCCGAGUCGGUGCCUGGGUGCAGAGUGGACCUGCUGGACAACUGUGGCCACUCUGUGGUGAUGGAAAAGCCUUGUCGGACAGCCAAACUCAUCCUAGAGUUCAUCAUCUCACAGCAAAAUGCCAGGAGUUGCACAAAGAAGUCUUCUUGAAGAAUUUUGGAAUCACAUAAAGAAAAAAAAAACAUAUUUCCUUUUCUUUGCGUUACGAGCUUCUGAAGACCUGACCUGAACAUUAAAGCAGCACUGCAGUGUUCAUGCAUUAGCAGAAUUUUAUGGGUUGCAAGUGACAAUAAAACUUUGUGAAACUACA